AUGUAUCCAUUUUGCGAUCCGACGAUUGAAAUCGAUUCGGCAUUCGUUGACCAGACGUCCGAUUCGGGCAAAGAUGUCAUCACUUUGUUCUCAAAGACAACGGUCUAUGAAGUGAGCGCCGACUCCGGCCAACACAAUGAGGUGGCCUUUAAAUACAAGGCAUCACAACAUUUGGUACAGUGGGCUGACAAGACUGUUGUCGCCCCCAUAACCAGCGUUUAUUAUUUGGACCCUGCUAAAAAAGUCAUUAAAUUAGAAAAUACCACGUACAAUAUCACCGACAAUAAUAACGCUCAGAAUGCCCAACUUGAUGGAAACACACUAAUCAACUUGGUUAAUAAAACAGCGACAGACAUAUUUAACAAAACUGGCCUAGCUAAUACAACUGUAGUUGACAUUUUUGACCGCACUGUCACCGGCCUGUUUAACGGCUUGGUAAAACGAGCGGUAAAUGAACCUGCUACUGACACAACCAUCAAGCCUACUACUUCCCAGACUGAGCUAAACACCCAGAGCACUAACAAUACCGCUAAUGAAUCAAGCUUACCCUCUGCCGGGUUUGUGUUGGGUCAGAGCAUUUAUUUAUUUUCCCGUAACACUGUUUGCAAUAUAAACAUCGGGUCGGUUAUUGGCGAGUGUGUGAACCGGCAGUCCAUAGGCCUGUGGGUCGGGUGCGUCGAGGACUACACAAUGCAAUACAUAGUGUUUGGUAUAGUCGUCGGCUCUAUUUUGGUGGGCAUUGCGUUUGUUAUAUACGGCAAGUGUCGCAAACCAAAGCCUAAGCCCCACAACAACAACACCGGUCCCGACGGCAUAAAUCCGGUCAAUAAGCCGUUGAACGCCUACACCGACUGA